GCAGGAAGUUCCUCCUCCCGGGCCGGACCGGGCCGGGCCCGGCGGGCGGCGGCGGCGGUGCCAUGCGCGGCGGGAGCGCCGGCGGGGGCGGCCGCGGCGGGUCAGCUCGGGAGCCGCCGGCCCGGGGCCGCCGAGCCCCGCUCGGGCUGCGGGAGGGCGAUGGGGCCGCGAGCGUUGCGGGUGCUCCUCGCUGCGGGGCUGCUCCUCGCCGCCGGCCCCGGCGCAGGUGACAGCUCGUGGCAGCGCCAUGCAGAAUUGGGACACUCCUGGCACGUAACCCCGUGGGUCCUGCGGCACAACCAGAUGCUCAGCCUGGCAGAGGCGACCCAGGGGGGGUUCCCCGCCUGGCUGAAGGUCCUGCUGGAGCUGGAGGGGAUGAGGCUGGUGCUGGAGCUGGAGCAAAACUGGGAGCUGGUGCUGGGCACCGGGGCGCUGCUGUACUACCUGCCCAACGGCACACGCGUGACACAGGAGGCCAGCGAGCAGGAGCACUGCUGCUACCAGGGGACAGUGCAGGGCUUCCCCGGCUCCUGGGCCAGCCUCUGCGCCUGCGCCGGACUCAGCGGCCACCUCUGGCUGUCAGAGACCAGGAGCUACGGGCUGGAGCCUGACGCCAGCAGCGCCUCAGGGCAGCACAUUGCGUACCGGCCGUGGGAGGUCCGGCUGGCGCCACGGGCCUGCGGGCAGGGCCCCCCAGACCCUCCCCGGGCAGAGGCAGAGAAGACAGAGCCCCCCUGGCCACAGAGGGGCAAGCGGGCGGUGGCGGAGCAGCGGUUUGUGGAGUUGGUGAUGGUGGUGGACCACGCUGCGUUCCAGAAUUACCCUGACCUGCAACGCGUCCGCACCCGGACCCUGGAAAUCGCCAACCAGGUGGACGCGUUCUUCCAGCCGCUGGGAGUGCGGGUGGCCUUGCUGGCAGUGGAGGUCUGGAGCGAGGGCGACAGGUUCAUGGUGGGCGGCAGCGCCCGGGUUGCGCUGGAGCGGUUCCUGCGCUGGCGCCGGGAGGAGCUGCUGCCCCGGCUGCCCCACGACAAUGCCCAGCUCCUCACAGGCGCCCACUUUGACGACGUCUCAGUGGGGAUGUCGGCUCAAGCCUCCAUGUGUUCCCCUGCGCGCUCCGGUGGGAUCAGCAUGGACCACUCGGUCAGCGUCCUUGUCGUCGCAUCCACUGUAGCCCAUCAGCUGGGGCACAACCUGGGUAUGCGCCACGACAGCGCCAGGCACUUCUGUGACUGCAGUGACCUCCGGCAAGACCGUGGCUGCAUCAUGGCAUCACCCACAGGGCUGACGCCCGGCUUGAGCUUCAGCAACUGCAGCCGACAGGACCUGGAACGCAGCCUGCAGCAGGGACGGGGCUGGUGCCUCUCCAAUGUUCCCGAGCCCCGGCGCCUGGCUGGGAGCCCCCGCUGCGGGAACCACUUCCUGGAGCCAGGCGAGAGCUGCGACUGCGGCCUCAGUGUGGAGUGCACUGAUCCCUGCUGCAACAGCAGCACCUGCCAGCUGGUGCCCGGUGCCGAGUGCGCCAUGGGAGACACGUGCUGCCAGGACUGCCAGCUGCACCGCGCUGGACACCUGUGCCGGGAGCCUGUGGGCGAGUGCGACCUGCCGGAGUUCUGCGAUGGGGUCUCGCCGCGCUGCCCACCGGACACCUUCCUGCAGGACGGGCAGCCAUGUGCCGGCGGGCGGGCGGUCUGCUAUGGCGGCGCCUGCACCUCCUACGAGGGGCAGUGCCAGCAGCUGCUGGGGCCAGGUGCCAGCCCCGUCUCCAGCUCCUGCAUGGCCUCCCUGAACGCGAAAGGGGAUGAACACGGACACUGCGGGCAGCUCCCCAAUGGCUCCUACAUUGCCUGCGCCCAACGGGAUGCUGGCUGUGGGAUGCUGCAGUGCCAGCGUGGUACCGCCCAGCGGGGUGCAGGAUCCUGCCAGGGGACCCUCCUGCCUGGGGACGAGGACGUGAGCGAUGCAGCCAUGGUGCUGUCCGGCACCGCCUGUGGUCCCAGGAAGGUGUGCAUCCAGCGCCGGUGCCAGGAUGUCUCUGUGCUGGGUGACCCGCAGUGCCGGAGCAAGUGCCACGGGCAUGGGGUGUGCAACAACCACGGGCACUGCCAUUGCGAGCAGGGCUGGGCCCCCCCAACCUGUGAGAGCCCCGGUGCGGGGGGCAGCCAGGACAGCGGCCCUGCCACCCUGGAGCGAGGGGGGAGCGCCCUGCCCACCGCCCUGCUGCUGAGCGCGCUGCUGGCGCUGGCCCUGGCGCUGGGGCUCUGCUGCGCCCGCCGCGCCGGGCUGCACAAGCACCUCUGCCAGCUCGGCAAGGGGACCUCCUGCCAGUACAGCGCUGAGACCCAGGUCCGAUUCCUGGGUCCAGAAGGCCCAGACAGCUGGAGCGGGAUCUCACAGCCGGAGCCCCAGUCGGGCAGCCAGGCCCCCCCCAAGCGCCCCCGACCACCGCAGUGGCAUCAGGCCACGGAGCUGCAGGUCAUGCACAGCAACAAGCCGGCUGCCCUCGGCUCGGCCCGGCCUGACCCGCCCUCCCGGCCUCUCCCGCCGGACCCUCCUCCCAAGGCCCCCCCCUCGGACAGGCCGCCCCCCCCCACACGCCCGCUGCCCGCGGACCCCGUGGUGCCAGGCACUCAGUCCCCAGGUCUGGCCAAGCCCCCCCCACCUCAGCGACCGCUGCCCUCAGCCCCCCCAGCACCUUCACUCCCCCCCAGUGAGACACCCCCUGGUCACCCCUACGUCAUGGUGAUUCCCUCCAGACCGGCACCUCCGCCGCCGCCCGCGGGCGCCCAGCGGGAGGCCUGAGCCGCGGGCCGGGACCGCCGCAGCGCUGGAGCCGCCGGGCCGGGCCGCGGGGAAGGCCUCGUCCCGGGUGCCGCGGGGCCUCGCCGCCCGCCUGUCCCCCGCCGACGCCAAUAAAGGGGCUGUGAGCUGC